CCAGUAUUGCUCUGACUGGGGUAAGAAUUUCAUCAGAGUGUGACAUAGAUUGGACGCUCAUCAAAAUGUCUGGAACAUUACCGACUACCUUUGUGAAGGGUUUCCAUGAUGAAGAGAAGGUGCGACGCAUGGAAUACCGCAAGCUCGGAAAUACAGGUCUAGAAGUAUCGAAGAUUUCAUUUGGUGGCGGUGUGCUGUGUGCCAACUAUGGCUUUGAACUUGAAGAGGCCAUCCAAACAGUGCAUGAGGCCUUGAAAUCGGGCAUCAAUUAUAUUGACACUGCUCCAUGGUAUGGACAGGGACGGUCGGAGGAGGUGCUCGGCCAGGCCUUGAAGGAUGUGCCCCGGGAGUCCUAUUAUAUAGCCACAAAGGUGGCUCGCUAUGAGCUCGACCAUGAGAACAUGUUCGACUUUAGUGCCAAGAAGACCCGCGAGAGUGUGGAGAAGAGCCUGAAGCUGUUGGGUCUGAAAUAUGUGGAUAUCAUCCAGAUCCACGAUAUUGAAUUUGCCAAGAAUUUGGAUAUUGUUCUCAACGAAACACUGCCCACUUUGGAGGCGCUGGUCAAGGAGGGAAAGGCCAAGUAUAUUGGUGUCUCUGCGUAUCCCCUUUCCGUGCUCAAGGAGUUUCUAUCGCGAGCACCAGGAAGACUCGAUACGGUGCUGACAUAUUGCAGGUACACUCUAACCGAUGACACGCUUCUCGAAUAUUUGGAUUUCUUCAAGUCGCAGAAUUUGGGCGUCAUAUCUGCUGCUGCCCAUGGCCUGGGCUUGCUCACAAAUGCUGGUCCUCCGCCGUGGCAUCCGGCCACCGAUGAACAAAAGGCUCUGUGUCGCAAGGCAUCCGAGAUAUGCAUAGAGCGCGGUGUGGAGCUGGGAAAACUGGCCCUCUAUUACUCCAAAAUUGGGGAAGUCGGCACCUUCCUCACUGGCAUGCAGACGCGGCAGUUGCUCCAGAUUAAUCUGGCGGCUUGCGAACAGCGUCUCACCGACAAGGAGCAGGAAGCGUUGCUUUAUCUAACCAAAAAUGUUUUGACGAAACCUUUCAAUUGGGAAGGCAUCGAACUGGAGCGCUAUUGGGCGGCGAUAAAGAACAAGUAAUUCCAGAGUAAUAUUCAAGAAGAAGCA